UUCAGAAGCCAAGCCACAAUUAUGGAUCCUCAAGCAUUGUUUUGCUUCACUUUGAUCUCCAUUGCCUUCGCCGUUGCCGGAGCUCAGCCCCCCUCCAGUCCCCCCACCGCCACCCUCCUCCCGCCACUCCUCCUCCAGUAUCAUCUCCCCCACCUGCCACUCCCCCUCCGGCUUCCCCACCUCCAGCCACUCCCCCUCCGGCUUCCCCACCUCCAGCCACUCCUCCUCCAGCUUCCCCACCUCCUGCCACUCCUCCUCCGGCAUCCCCACCACCAGCCACUCCUCCUCCAGCUUCCCCACCGCCGGCCACUCCUCCUCCAGCUUCCCCACCACCGGCAACCCCACCACCAGCCACUCCACCUCCUACACCACUGGCAUCACCACCAGCGGCGGUUCCGGCUCCUGCACCCAGUAAGAAGAAGUUGAAGGCGGCUCCGGGUCCGGCCCCAGUUUCGAGCCCGCCGAUGCCGUCGGCGGAGGGUCCAGGACCCGCCGGCCCAGAAUCUCCUACCCCAUCUCAGAACGACAAUAGUGGAGUGGAGAAAAGUUGGAGAAAGGAGACAAUGGUGGGGAGCAUGUUGAUUGGAAUGGGAUAUGUAUUGAUGAUGGCUUAGAUUUCUUCCUUUUUUUUUUAUGCUGUCUAUGUUGGGUUUUCAUUAAUCUUCAUUUUGCCUGUUCCUUAUUUCAUUUCAUUUUGAUUAUUAUUAUUAUUAUUAUUAUUAUUAUUAGCCCAUUUCUUGUUUGGGACUUUUGAUCUCCAUAUAUAUAAUACCCAUUUGCUUCGGUUA